AUGGUACGGUUUCGCAAGAUCGGAGCCCUAACCGCCUUGAUCUUCUCAUUCAACACUCUCCCCCAUUCCCUCGCAGCAGACUCAGACUCAGACUCAGAAUGGCCGAUCCGCGACACAGGGCUCGGCGAUAAAACCGUGCAAUGGGACCACUACAGCCUGAUCUACAACGGGGAGCGCCUUUUCUCCUUCGGCGGCGAGUUCCAUCCAUUCCGCAUCCCCGUGCCCGAGCUCUGGGUCGACAUCAUGGAGAAGAUCAAGGCCUCGGGCAUGAAUACCAUGUCCUUCUAUAACCACUGGGGGUUCCACAUGCCGACCUCCGAUGCGGAGUCCCUUGACUUUCACUCCGGCGCUCAUGACCUGGGAAGAUUGUAUGAGAUCGCGAAGGAUCUCGGGCUGUUUGUGCACUCUCGACCGGGUCCGUAUAUCAAUGCGGAGCUUAAUGCGGGUGGUAUGCCGCUGUGGGCUACAACGGGGGAAUUUGGUGCCCUGCGCGAUAAUAAUACGGCGUGGGAGGCGAAGUGGAAACCGUAUAUGGAUCGCGUGGCGGAGAUAACGCGCCCGUACCAGGUCACGCAGAAUGGGACGGUGAUUCUGUUUCAGAUCGAGAACGAGUUCCCGCAGCAGUGGGCGGAUGUUGAGGCGAAGACGCCGAAUCCUGUACCGAUUGCGUAUAUGGAGGAGCUGUUUGAGCGGAUGCAGAGCGUGGGAAUCGAUGUUCCGCUCACGCACAAUAUGCCAGGGCAGCAGUAUAAAUCCUGGUCGGUGGAUUAUGACACCGUUGGAGCCGGCGGUAAUGUGCACAUCUACGGUUUGGAUAAUUAUCCAUCCUGCUGGUCUUGUAUACCAGAGGACUGCAGCACCUCGAACCCUUCGUUCACGCUCAUGGACUACACCGCGCACUUCAACGAAGUCUCUCCCAAACAACCAUCCAUGAUGCCCGAGUUCCAAGGCGGCGCAAUGAACCCCUGGGACGGCCCCGCCGGCGGCUGCGAGGCGAAGACUGACGACUCGUUUGUCAACUUCUAUUACCGUGACAACGUCGCCCAGCGCGUGACGAUCCUGGGCCUGUACAUGUUCUACGGCGGGACGAACUGGGGCUGGCUCGCGGCGCCGUUCGUCCCAACGAGCUAUGGGUAUUCCGCUGCGAUUGCGGAGAACAGAACGAUCGGACCCAAAUUCUAUGAGAUUAAGAGUCUGGCGCUGUUUACCAGGUCGGCAAAGGAUCUGACAAAAACGGACCUUGUCGGGAACAGUACGUCGUACACGGAUAAUGAGGCUCUUACGACAAUUGAGCUGCGCAACCCGGAUACUGAUGCUGGGUUCUAUGCAAUUCGGCAUACGGAUCCCACGAAUAACGAUGAACAGGCGUUUAGGCUGUCCAUCCGGACUUCGGCGGGCAACUUCACGGUGCCAACGCAGGACGACGGGGCCAUUGGUCUCAAUGGGCAUAUCCAGAAGAUCUUGGUGACAGACUUCUCCUUUGGCGAUAGGAACUUGAUUUACUCAACGGCUGAGGUUCUGACUUAUGGGAUCUUUGACAAGCAGCCAACCCUCGCCCUAUGGGUUCCCAAUGGAGAAAACGGGGAGUUCUUCGUACAGGGUGCAAGGUCCGGUAAGGUGCUUGCUGGAGAGAGAUCAGAGGUCAACUUUUCCAGGUCACGGAAAGGACUGAUUGUCAACUUCAAGAAGCAACAAGGAAUGACGGUGAUACUGCUUGAUGGUGAUGUCCGGGUGGUUGUCAUGGACCGGGACACGGCGCAUCUCUUCUGGGCUCCUGCCUUGACGAACGAUCCUCGAGUGCCCGCUAACCAAGUGGCUUUCGUGCAAGGCCCGUAUCUUGUAAGGUCGGCGGAACUCGACCAUCACACACUUCAUCUCCGCGGCGAUUCUAGCCAGGCAACUGACAUUGAGGUGUUCACUGAAAGCCGAGUCCGCACCUUAAACUGGAAUGGAAACUCUCUGAGGACCCACAGGACGAAGUACAACACUCUCAAGGCCAGGAUUGACGGGCCCGGUGAGUUCUCUGCUCCCACAUUUCGCAGCUGGAAAGUGCAAGAUAGUCUUCCUGAACGAUUCGCCAACUACUCCGACUCGGGCCCUGCGUGGGCAAGCGCCGACCAUAUGACGACAGUCAGCGAAUACAAAGACGCCACGAAGCCAUAUUUGUAUGCCGACGAGUAUGGCUUCCAUGCUGGUGCGCAGCUCUGGCGUGGGUAUUUCACUGGUUCUGCUGAGGCCGUGUACCUCGAAGUUCAAGGUGGAAUUGCGCACGGCUGGUCUGCCUGGCUGAAUAGACAGUUCCUUGGGUCCUUCCUCGGCGAUUUGGGCUCCUCAUCGGGAUCUAAAACGCUCGAGUUCCCAGCGGAGGGUCUGACGCCCGAUGGAGAGAAUGUCCUCUUCGUCAUGCAGGACAACUCGGGCCACGACCAGGGAUCCGCAUCGCUGAACGUCCGCGGCAUCAUCAACGCCACUCUCAUCAAUGGCGAAUCUGACGGCUUCAGCUCCUGGAAAGUGGCCGGUACAGCUGGUGGUGCAUCCGAUACAACCAUCGACCCCGUUCGCACAUACUACAAUGAAGGCGGCCUUACCGCUGAGCGUCUUGGCUGGCACCUCCCGGGUUUCGACGACUCUGACUGGCAAUCCAGUACCCCAAGCGACGGAUUCGCGGGUGCUGGUGCGAAGUUCUAUCGUGGAGUCCUCCCGAUCGAUACACCCAAGGGCCACGAUGUCGCUUUGAGCGUCAAGAUCAGUUUCGACGACACAUCUGAGGAAUCGAAUAGCUUCCGGGCGUAUCUUUACGUGAAUGGGUACCAGUACGGACGGUACUAUCCGUAUAUUAAUAGUGCAGUGAAUACCUUCCCAGUCCCGCCGGGAAUUUGGAACUAUUCUGGAGACAAUAUUGUUGGGCUUGCAGUGUGGAAUCAGGGAAAAUGGCAGGUUAAGGUCGAUAUCGAGGUGGAGGUGGAUUAUGUACUUGCUUCGGCGCUGGAUGUCAAGUUUGACGGGCGUUAUUUGAGGCCUGGAUGGGAUGAGAGCCGUACACAGUAUGUCUAG